AUGCAGCGGUUAGUGAUCGCAUGUGCACUACUGACGAUACGAAACAGUGUCCUCGCUGACAAUGCGUUCAUCGACAGUGCACCGGAAGGAUACUACGAGCGCAAGUCAUUAGCAGAUUGCGCCAGCCGGUUUUACAGUGAGGAUGUGUCCAGUGCAUUGGGAUUCUUCAUAUUCGGAGGACGACGUGCGUUUGUUAAGGAAUUUCCUCACAUGGCAGCGAUCGGAUGGACAAAUAGCAACUCCUCCCCACCGGAAGUGCAAUACAAAUGUGGCGGUUCAUUGAUUGCAGCAAAAUUCGUCCUAACAGCCGCCCACUGUAGAAUGGACGCCGAUAGGAUUCCUCCCGAUACGGUACGGCUCGGAGACACAAACCUUGCCACGGUGGAAGACGAUGACUCCGCCCAACAAUUUGGCAUUGCAAACUUUCACGUUCACGAAAAGUUCAAAAGAAACCGCAAGUACUAUGACAUCGCACUGAUCGAGCUAGAUCGAGAGGCUAGCUUCAACACCGCCGUUUGUCCCAUUUGUUUGUGGCCUCUGGAUAACCUGGACGAGUAUAGUGCGAGUCUGCGAGCGAUCGGGUUCGGAUUUACUACAUACACAUCGGGAAUGAGUCCCACCUUGCAGAAAGUAACUCUGAACUACUACGACUCCGAGUCUUGCAACAACGAGCUUCCGAAGGAUGCGAGGCUACGCUACGGUCUCACGAACGAACAGUUUUGUGCGAAAACACCCCACAAAGACGCCUGCCUGGGUGACUCAGGUGGACCACUGCAAAUUGACCUUUCUGAUGUAACCAAAACGAUUCCGUACCUGACGGGUGUCAUCUCAUUCGGAACCGGAUGCUGGGAUGGUUCGCUUGGAGUGUACACCAAGGUAUCGAGCUACAUCGAUUGGAUUCGGCAGCGCGUAAAUGUAACCGUAGAUCCGAUCGAAUGUGCCCGCAACUCGGAGUGUCUGCCUGCGAGAUCCUUCUCUGACAGUCGGCUAAGUCCGCAGAACAACUCGCCCUUCUUUAAGGUCAACCUCCGGCGAACUGCCACCAGCUCGUUUCAUCAGUGUUCCGGAGCCUUGAUCGACUACCGGCAUGUGGUAACCUCGGCCACCUGUGCGGUGCGCGACAAUCAACAACCGGCAUACAUUGAAGCGAACAACGAACUGGUCGAGAUCAUCGCAAUUGACGUGCAUCCAAAGUACGUUGCCGGGAAGAACUACCACAAUCUAGCGGUGCUCACGCUCGGCAAGUUCUACAAUCCCAAUAAGAUCUACCAAAUUAUCGCACCAGGGUGCAUCUGGAAGGAGGAACGCAUCACCGAUCCGAUAGUGUUUUUCUCCGGGUAUGGCCCGGAGGUCAAGAACCAACCGACGGACAUCGCGAAGAACGUUUCCCUGAAGGUGCUGGUGGCUCUGGUGACCGAAAACGGACGAUGUGACACAAGCGAUGCGUGGAAGGUCAACAGUUCCUUGUGGACGGGCUUCAACAGUGACUUCCUGUGCACGUAUAACCCUAUCGAUCUCGUUCCCGGCAUUUGUAAGCUUGAGCCCGGUGGUGCUGUGUCCAACUUCCGACGAGACAACAUCGUUCCGUACGUAUACGCAGUCAACACGUUGGAUGAGGGCGUCUGUGGUGGAGAUCGGAACGUGUUCGUCGCUACUCGACUUGCUCCGUUCUACGAUUGGAUCGAGUCGAUCAUACUGCAGCACUUACCGGCGAAUGAUCCGGUGUUAACAUCUAUCCGGUUCGGGGGAGAGGACCCCGACUCAUCCGACUUGGAUUCUACCCAACUGAGCAACUCAGUGGGACCAGUUUACAAUCGGAAUAACAUAGUACCCGUACUUCUUUCAGACGUGAUAUCAAACCACAUCGUUCCUUACGGAAGUGAGUUGCUCCACAAAAGGCCUGUAACAACGGUGAACGUUUUCCAUCAAUCAUUGAACAACACUCCGGAAACGUACGAAGUGUACGGACCUCAUACAAAUCAUCCACAGAAGCUGGUGAAUCCCCAGAAAACGUCGUUUUACGAGCCGUCGGUGGUUCAAUCGCUUGUAACCCCGGUCCCAAAUAAUGACAUCCACAUCGAACUGGUCCGUUCGGUCGAGCUGCCCUCGAUUCACGUCGUUCAGGGACAUGCUGAGCUGACCCAAACACCGAUUUAUGGUCAAAACGCACCCCAGUCACACCAAUCCAUCGUCGAUAGCAGCAAUCUGGUGUCAAUCAUCCGCUCCGUCGAGUUGUACGGCAGCGGUUUCUGCACGCUUCCGAGUGGGGCCACUGGGAAGUGCCUGCACUACACGCGCUGUCCUUCGAUGCACUGGAAUGGCCGAAAUAUGGCCGCAUACCUGCGCCUACAACUAGUUCCCUACUGUGAUCGUAGACACCAAACGAUUUGCUGUUCAGUGUGA